CUUGAUAUAUACACAGACGAAUCUAUAAAACCCUAAUCUUCCUCAAUUUAGGGUUUCGUUCAUCAAAGACCGCCAUUGGUAGCAUUUUUCGAUCUCUGCCAUGGCGAGGGUUAAGGUUCAUGAGCUGAGACAGAAGUCCAAGGCGGAUCUUUUGGGCCAGUUGAAGGAUCUCAAGGCUGAGCUCGCUCUGCUCCGUGUCGCCAAGGUCACUGGCGGCGCCCCCAACAAGCUCUCCAAGAUAAAAGUGGUAAGGUUGUCCAUUGCCCAGGUGUUGACAGUGAUUUCACAGAAACAGAAGGCUGCUCUGAGGGAAGUCUACAAGAACAAGAAGUACUUGCCCCUCGAUCUGCGUCCCAAGAAAACCAGAGCCAUCCGCAGACGUCUCACCAAGCAUCAGGCAUCACUGAAGACCGAAAGGGAGAAGAAGAGGGAGAUGUACUUUCCCAUGAGGAAGUAUGCCAUUAAGGUGUAGGAUAGGACCUUAAGCAGUGGAUUUUGGUGGUCUGUAUCCAUAAAGCUCAUUCCAAUCUUGAAUUUUUGAAUUUUGUUCCGUUUAAAGGAGUUGGAGAGUUCUUUA